AGUAGACCUUCAGAGACAUUACUUCCUCUGUUUCUUCUGGGAGCUUAUCACCAGGACCGCUUCGGAAGAAUUGGCAAGGAGGACCACGAGCCUAAAACGACAACAACAAACCAAAACAAACCCGUCAUGAAAAACACACCUGUUGUUGUAUUAUGCGUAGCUGCAGUUGCAGUGUGCGGUCUGGCUCUACCCCCUCCUGAGUCUGGUAUAACAACCGCCUUCUUGCCCUCAGCCGCUGACAUUGGCUCCAUGGCACUCAUCAAGCCCCCAGUGCCAGCUAUCCCCGGAAUCGUGGGUCUCGGUGCCAUUCCCGGAUUGCCUGGUGGAGUGAUUCCCGGAGUGCCAGGCGGUGCCAUUCCCGUAGUGUCUGGUGGAGUGAUUCCCGGAGUGCCAGGCGGUGCCAUUCCCGGAGUGCCAGGCGGUGCCAUUCCCGGAUUGCCUGGUGGAAUGAUUCCCGGAGUGCCAGGCGGUGCCAUUCCCGGAGUGCCUGGUGGAGUGAUUCCGGGAGGUGCCAUAGGAGCAGGGUCGUCUGUGCCAGUCGUCGGUGCCAUGCAGAUUCCUGUCAUAGGAUCACUGGACGCGAUGUCGAUUCCCGUGGCACCGCCGACCAUGCCCCCCGCGGUCUCGUCCUUUGUGAAGAAGAAGGUGACCGCUGCCACCGGCCUCUCGCCAGCCAAGUCUUAGGUCACGCUGGCCGGGUGACCUGAGAGGAGCCGCUACCCUCUCUUCGGUCCUGUGGAAGGUCGUUCGGUUCGGUUUCUAAGUCUGUUUGUUGGCCGCUUGUCUCUGUCUGUCUCUCUGUCUCUCUGUGUUUCUUUCUCUCUUUCUCUAUCUGUCUGUCUGUCUGUCUCUCUCUCUCUCUCUCUC